AUGGGGAAUGCUUUGCCAGGUCGUCAGGGACAAUUCGGGCAGGUCCCAGAUCCUUUUGGAGGCGGUCAGGGGCCGUUCGGUCAAGGACAGGGGCAAAGUCCGUUCGGCCAGGGACCGGGGCAGGGUCUGUUUGGACAAGGGCAAGCUCCUUAUGGGCAAGGUCAGCCACCAUUCGGGCAAGGACAGAACCCGUUUGGGCAAACGCCAUAUGGUCAAGAUAUACCAGGCCAAUAUGCGACGGGGGCACAGGGGCAAACCGGGCUGGCGCCCCAAGGGGCAGUCGCCCCUGUAGCUAACGUCAGUCCACCUCCUUACGGCCAACCAGGAAUGAUGCAAGGACCUCCACCACCUGGUUAUCAACAAGGUUACCCUGGAUAUCCUAACCAAGGACCCGGUUAUCCAGGCCAGGGACCCGGGUAUCCUGGCCAAGGAUAUCAAGGCUAUCCCGGAUCGGGCUAUCCAGCACAACCUGGAACAGGAACAUCUGGAAUAGCUAAUAUGGCAUGUUGUGGCGCGUGUUUGGCGUGCCUAUCGUGUCUGCUCUGCUCGUGCUGUCAAGGUCUAAUGGGUGGAAUGCCGGGUCACGACGGAAACAACUAUAACGAUGGUCACAGUAAUGAGGGCCCGACGGACGCCCCCAAUGCGAAUGUUGAGCCACCUUCGAUCCCUCAAGAAGAUGAGCACUGA